CAUUGGUUGCAAUCAUUUUGCCAUCUUCAGAAUCAAAAAAGAUUGAUCCUAAAUUCCAAUGCAAGAAAGUAUCCAAAGCAUCCGGCAAAAAUGAAUUAAUCGAAUAUAAUGAUGCUAAGAAAUGUAUUGAGAGCUUUCCUUUUGAUGCUAAAUUCGCUAAAGAUACGAUUGAUGCUGUGUCACACUUCAUGUCGAAUUAUUAUGUUUUCCUUGAUCUGGCCAAUGAAGAACCACCAAAAGGAUUUACUUAUCAACGCGUAAACAUAAUAAACGAAUUAAAGUUGUUACGUAAAAAAACUGAUAAAAAAACUUUUAAAUCAAAUUACGACUUUACGACAGCUUUACAAAAUACUAUUUUCAAAUUAAAAGAUGGCCAUACAAGAAUUAUUAAUACUUGCUAUCGGAAUUUUGUUUAUGAUCAAAACUUAACUUUAUACUCUGUAGUUACGACCGAUAAAGAAAAAAAUAAAACACAGGUUUUCGAUGAUAAAUUAGACCCAUCAAAUAAUGACUGUGAAGUUACCGAAAUUGAUGGAAAACCUGCAUUACAAGCAAUAAUUGAAUUUGCAAAUAAUAGUAUUUCAUAUUCAAAAGAUUUGGGAGUCCGAUUCAAUAUGGCUUUAGCUCCUAGUUCGGGGUUUUUUUCACAACAAUUUACUUUGCGAAAUGAAUUUCCUGAAACUCCUAGUAUUACAUAUAAUUUAAAAUGUCCGAAAAAAUCAUUUAAAUUAAAAAGAGAAUGGGCUAUUGUAUACGAUGGUGCUUUUGAUAACUUUUGCUUACGUAAUACUUCUACUUCAAGUAGCAAUGGUACAAAAUUAACGUCAAGAGAUAAAACUACGAAGUCAACAUCGGCAUCAAGGAAUAAAAAUAAUAAAAAUUCACAAUUUAAACAUGCGAAAAAUGUAACUAAAGAUUUUUACUUAGUAAAUAACGGAGCAGUUGGUGUCGCAGUAAUUACUGAAGAAAGCACUAAAGAAAGCGAAAAAUCUAUACACGCUUUAGCAGAUGGUCUUGAUCAAUUAAAUAAGCUAGGUGCAAAAAAGCUUAUUUUAGAUAUGUCAAAUAAUCUUGGUGGAGACGUUUCUGUAGUCAUAUUCACGAUUUUAUUACUUUUUCGAUCACAACAACAACCAAACAUUUUUCCAACAAGCAUAAAUAUUAAUAAUUUUACCAUUCCAGUAAUAGAAAAGGAUUUUAAGACACAUUCUGAUCAUUUUGAUUUUUAUAAUCCAUAUUCUUAUUUGUCAUUUCCUUCUGGAGAACCCUUUAAGAAUGCUAGUGAAUUUAUAGGACUUCGAAAAAAUCUAACUUCUAGCUUGCACCUUGAUGUUUUAACACCUAAUGCAGAGAAAUUACUCAAUAGUACAUCCUCUUUUCGAUGGACUAGUGAAGAUAUCAUAAUAAUAACUAAUGGAUUUUGUAUAUCUGCAUGUGCAUUAAUAACUUUAUUUCUUUCUGAAUUUCAUAAUGUAAAAACAAUUUCCGUUGGUGGGUUUCUUGACAUUCCGAUGUCAUUUUCCACUUUUCCUGGUGGCUUAGUUACGUCUGAAAAUUUGAUUGCAGAUUCAGCUGGUGAUACGAAAUUUAUUGAUCUUCCGAACGGAAACUUACUUCUUCUUACUGUUAGAGAAGCUUACGAUUUUGACAAAAAAAGUAAUAUCACAACAGGUGUAUUAGAAUAUUUAUUUAAACCUGCUGAUCAUAGAUUUUAUUAUAAUGAGAGUAAUGCUAGGGACCCUAGCUUCUUAUGGGUUGAUGCUGCUAAUAUUUUAAACAAGAACAAUUAG